AUGGCGCAUCAGGCAGAGAAAUGCGGAGCCUACCAGGGGCCCCCCCCCCUGGAUCCUGCAGCAGCUACUGUAGAGACGGCGGAUACUGCAGUCCCCACGCCUUCUUCCUUCUGCAGCGCCAGCAACAGCAGCACUCCGAGCAACAGCAAGGCUAACAAGGCUGACAAGAAGGCUAAAAAGCACAGCAAAAGCCCAGUGCAUGCGUUCACUUGCGGAGUCGCCGGCAUUAGCAACAGCACAAGCCGUUGUUUCGCUGCAACUUCAGCCCACGGAAAGUCGGCGGGAGCAAUGACUGUUGCUGCUUCUGCUGCUGCUGCUGCCGCUGCCUUCGAGGAUAUUCGUAGAGUGGCUGCUGGCGUUCGAGAGGCCCUGCCCAGCUACACCCCCACAACCACAACUGCACCCACAUCUACCACAAUUGCCACCAGCAACGGCGUGUCGACGGAUUCUCCACUGCCGACAGCUGCUCUCCCCCCGCAGUUUCUCUCGCCCUUGCUGCCCACAGAUGGUGGCAACCUGAAAUCUGAGAGCAGCGAGCAUCACGCUCAGCAAGAAGGCAGUCUCUUGGAGAGCCUUGCGAUGCAGCAGGAGGACGCUGAAGGCGUAGUCGAUCCCUUGCUGCCUGAGUUUCUUAACCCCCGGCUCCUUGGCCCUUCUUUCUGCCGUUCGAAUGCGCUGCUGCAACCAGUGCCUCACCGCUCUUCGCGGAAGCAGCAGCAGGAAAAGCAGCAGCUGGCCUGGCUAGCACCUGGAGCGGUAGCUUUUGCGCAGCUGCUGCUGCACCAGCAUGACUACUUUGGAAGCUCAGCAGAAGCAGCAGCAGAAGCAGCAGCAGACCCUAUGCGCAGCUGGGAAUAUGCCUUCGACAGCAGCAACUUCAAGGCAUUCGUUACGGAGUGCAAGCGAAAGGCGUUUGCUGCAAUACAUGCGGCAUUCCAUCAAGGAUGCCCAGGAGGGGGGCCCUUGGAGGGAGGGGCAUUCUCGACCCCUUUCUCCCGCAGCAGCAGAGCGGCGGAGUUUGCCGUCAUGGUCGACUUUCAGCUCUCUCUGUUAUAUCUGACUGGACGCCUGUUGCAGCAACGGGAGGACUUGCUGCAACAGACACGCGAACAGGUACGUGCUUUGCAACUGCUAGCGACAGGAAACAGACUGGCAGCAAAACGAGCAACGCCAGCAGCGGCCCUUGAUGGAGCGUUGUGCAUUGUGGAGCUGUGCUUGCUGCAUGCAGAUGCAUUCGAAUGCGCAACAGUGGGGGUUGCGCCUCAAUGCCCAAAGCAGACGUAUCGCAAGCCUCGAAGAGUGAGGGUGUCUGCUUCUCUUCUCUCCUCAGACGGUGCAACAGCUCCAGCUGGAAUCUGUAGAGCAGCAAGCUCGAGAGCCGCAACUUGUGGCCGAGGAGACAGAGAGAACGAGAGGAUUUUAGGAGUAAAGGCUGCAAUGCCUUCUCAACUGGACCGCCUUGAGGCUGCUGCGGCUGCUCUUUUGAGCUGCAAAGUUACUAACUGCAAGGCUCCUUACUGCGCGUGGGCAGACAGUUCCACAGACGAGACAGCACCACCUAUAGCCGGAUUUGAAGCUAAGCGAACACAUAUCAGCCCUCGCGACAACAACAGCAAAAGCAGCAACAGUCCUGCUCUCCCUGUGGCUCGUAGCUUGAGUGCAAGCAACAGCUGUAGCAGGAGCAGCAGCAACAAGAGGGUCCAGAACGCAGAUGUGUGGCGGAGAGGGGGCAGCGGCGGCAAGAAGCCCACAACCAUCAGUUUGCAUCCACUGCGUCGGCAUACCCUCGCCGCUUUAGGAGGAAGUGCAGCGGCUGCUGGCGCAGACUCAGCACCAGUAGGAGAGGGGUGCCCUACCCUAUCAGCGUCGCGGGGUGGCUCCAGCCCUCUGCUAUCUUGCGAGAGAAUCUCCGCGCCAGGAUCGACUGGAGGGUUCUGUUCUGCACACCUUCAGUCACUGCAUGAAGAGCAACCCCAGAGCCAACAACGACGGCGGAUAGCCCAGCUGCUGCAGCAGAAGUCUUUACACGAAGAGAUCGCCGAGGCACUGGCCUCAUGCAACAGCGCAUCAUGCAGUGACGAAUGCCCACCAGCCGACGCGACGCCUUGUCCUCCUGCUGCCGCUGCUAACGCGAGAAGCCGCAGCAGCACAACAAAACAAUGGGGACAGAGGCUGUUGGCGCUGGUCCUGGUGAUGCUGCUAUUGCUGGUGCUGCUCAUUGUCACGGCAGGCCGAGAGGAGUGGCAGCAAGGCUGCGUUGCAGCGAGAUCUGUCUUCUGCGGUGUAUUUAGGGGGGUGUUCAGCAGUAGGGGCGAAGGCGGGCUCACUGGAUUUUGGGGAUCCUCCCACGUACAGGAGUACUUCUUGAAAUUGGCAGCUUCCUGCAGAGACGCAGGGCAGAGCCUCCAGGAAGACGCAGAGGCUGCACUUGAGCGACACAUCGAGGCUUUUGCCCACGCCGCCACAGGGGGCGCCUGGACCGCGUAG